CGGAGAAAGUCAAUUUUUGCGAAAGAAGCCCAAGAAAUGUCAGUCGGCGAUGGCAUUCGCUGGGCGAAGAUGAGAAACGUCUAAGUACCAUAGCGUUGGACUGUUUUGCUGCCUCCAAGAGAGAGCUCCAGUCUCUCUAAAACAAGCAACAGCCUCAGCUAGCAGCAAGCCAACCAAGGGAGCAAGUCGAGAUCUGGUGGGACCGGACCGGCCGUGAUUUCUUCGAUCACCUCUGACCUCCGACGACUUUCAGGGUGUAUUUGGCUGCUUGAAUUGGAUGCCCCCUCACAAGAAGAAGUUCUACAUGGCGGCCCAACAACAACCUCCCAAGGCUCCCCUUCAAGUGCCGUAUGCAUCGGAUGGAGAAGAGGUGGAGGUGGCAGUCGUCGUCAAUGACAAUACGGCUGUUGACAGUGGGGAGAAUCCCUUGCCUGCUACCGGUAGUGGUAACGGUGCUGUCAAGGCAGGCCUGAGGCGCAACAAACGGCCAGUCGCGAUUGCCUUGGUACUCUUGGUGGCUACCAUCAUCUUAUUAGUGGUGCUGGGUGUGGUGCAAAAGGGGAACAACAGCAACAACAAUAGCAAUGGUACUACAGGUAGUACAUCAUCCACAACUGUCAUAACAGCAGGUCCCACUACUAGUACUCAAGAAGACACUCCCGCAGACGAGAACAUUUUCCAUCAGGAACCUCCCGACACUGGAGGCACAAGAGUUACCCAAACCAACACUCCAAAUGCGACAACAACAACAACAACACCUAUUCCCACCACACCAGUGCCCACUGUCCCUUUUGGAGAAGCUACGGUUCCCCCCACAAUGCUACCGGUACAACCACAACCUACUUUUCCAACGUUACCACCUGCCAUGGCGACCAACAACAACAACUCUAGUAGUAGUAGCAGUAGAAUACCCACAUUGCCACCACAAACGACUCAACCCACCCCCACGGCACCACCCGUCACGGCAACGCCCACCAAUACUCCGGGAGUUCAAGUACCCAAAGAAACACCAGCACCCAUCAUGGAGGCGCGAGACACUGCUCCUCCCACCACUGCCACUCCAGUGAAUACUGCCACUCCAGUGAGUAGUCCUACUACUAGUACCCCCACCACAUCCCCUCCGACCACCACUCCCACCACCGCCCUCCCCACUUUGACACCCACCACUCCCGCCCCCACACGCGUCUCCUUUCGAGAACGACAUUCCAGCUACGUCGGAAUGCUCGAUUUGCAAGACUGGGAACAGGCAUCGUUGGAUGGACUCAUUGCCAUGGACCGACAAGCACAAGAACAAGAUGCCGUACAAGAGCGUCAAGGGGGUAUCAGUUGCAAUCCACCGUCGGGAGUAUCCUCCUCGUGCUGUGUUGGCGGAUUUAGUAGUGGCGGGGACAUGUCCAUUCUGUAUCAAAAAGAUUGUGCCAAAUCCAUGUUACAGGGAGCUGCCAUUGACGAUUUGCGAAAAGAUGCACAAACGUAUUAUAACCUCAAUCCCAUUCCCGGCGAUGGUGGUGCUUUCGAAUGCGAUGUCUGUCAAAUUGUGGAAUUGGUGCGAUCGCAGGAUUUGAAAAUUGCCUUUUUGGGAGAUAGCACCCAAAAUCAAGUGGCGGAAGGAUUUGCCUGUGAAUUGGAACGACGGGGGUACGAAGUGCAUCGUGCCAGUUUUGCCGUCAAUCAAGAGUUUGAUGGGACAUGGGCCAAUCGACGACAUUUGAGUACACGGACUAUGCAAAUCCGUUCGCCGUUGUGGGCGGAUGGUCAAUUUGCCCGCAUUCAAUAUCAUCAAAUGUACCUGUUGCCCAUGGUGGAACCGGAACACUUGACGAGUAUUACGGCACAAACGGAUAUUCUGGUGUUGGGAUUUGGAUUGCAUUGGUGGUUUACCAAUAGUACACCCAAUACCUUUCGACGUGCCGAUGCCUACUAUUCGGCCAUGUUGGAUCUGUUUCGUGUGGUGAGAUUGCAGAAUCAUGUCCAACUAGUGGCACAUCGACAAACGUCGGCAGAGCACUACGAUUCACCGGGAGGUGAUUGGUUUCAAUGGUACGGGAACCGCGACAAUUUGGCCCAAAGCUGCGUUCCUCUCGCAGCAGGCGAUGAUGUUGCCGGUUGGCGUGAACGUGCCGUAUCCAAGGCCGCCGCCGAUGCCAGCUAUGACAUUGUCUUGGCCAAUUCCAACAUGCCAGCGUACCCGUCUGGGACGGGUAACAGUGAAGUGGUGCUAUUGCCCUAUUUUGACUUUACGGCCAAACAAUAUACCAUGCACCCCUUCCGAGGAGACUCGCAGGAUUGCACACAUUAUUGUUCGAGUCCGUUCUUGUACAUGCCCAUUUGGAGGUCUCUACGUCUUGCCAUGGAUCGGCAGUGGUCAUCAUGAUGACGAUGCCCGUUUAUGAUUUAUAUAAUAUAUAUAUUCAGAUUGGCUAUCAGGGAGACGGCCAUACAUGCAAAUGCACUACACCAGCAGCUAGCUAGCUACACGUUGUAAAAAACUGCACCAAACAUUCUCAUUGCACCUACUUUCACUCUCAGGAGAAAAGUGGAGAGGGAAGAUGCUGAAAGUACCCAAAUGUUAUGGUUACUGAUUAUACCGGUAUAGCAGCUAGCUAUCUAUCACUUACUCUAUUACUUUAUAAUAUUAUCACGAGAGGCAUCUGGACACAAGACGGCCUUUGGAAAUGCUGCAGAAUUCGGGCACCCCUUUGGGACAAAAGCAGGCGGCAGCGCAUCCUUUCCAGCGAACGCAGGUACUGGAUCCGGUCCACUGCCAGAAGCUGGCUGCGUAAAUGCCGGUUUCGAAGGUUUUAACGUUGGAGCAGGAGUGUUGGGGUUUGCCGCUGGAUCGUCGUUCAUGGCAAGAAGCAAUAACGAUCCUCGGGCAAACGAGCUUGUACAAGUAGUGGAUGGUCUUGCUGGAAUAACCACUUGUUCCACUACCGGUAUUAUCAGCGGUGGUGGCUCCAUCACCAAGGCUGUUGAAGCUGCGACCAGCAGCAGCCGGGAAAGCAGUAUCAAACCAGAGCGCAUCUUGUUCUGGUUGCCUGAGACUUGACUCUAUUGGCACUGAUACGGUACUAGCUAGUAC